ACCGCUCUUCAUUUUGCAGCAUUUUAUAAUAAUAGAGAAAUAGCCGAAAUUCUUAUUUCGCAUGGUAUAAAUAUCAAUGAAAAAGAUAAUAUUGGACAAACCGCUCUUCAUAAAGCAACACGUUAUAUAGAUAAAGAAACAACCGAAAUUCUUAUUUAG